CAAGCUAGUUCUAAAGUAUUUAUUAAUCAAAACAAGUUUACAUUUUAUAUAAAAACGUAGUUUAACUUUAAACAAAAAAUACAUGCACUGAUAAAAACAUUAUAUGGUAUGACAAUGUAAUUGUAUGCAAAUUCUGAGUAUUUCAGUAAUUUAUUUUUGAAACACUUUCUCUCUGUAACGGAACCAUUCAUGUAGUAUUGAAGUAUGUAGUAAAGUUCUGUCUAAUUGUUAAAGCUUUUUGUGAACUUCGGGUAAAAUUAGAUUGUAAUAAUGGCCGCAGUUGAUCCUUUGGCAUCUUCUCUUCAUUCAUUUCUUCACUCAUUUCAGCUACAGAAAUCCUUAAAUAAUUGUGCAACACACACGCUGCCUUAAUGACACUGAUAACACUAUUCACUUUAAUUUCAAAUGGUGCUCGAAAAAUUCUAAAACACGAAGAGAGUAUGGAAAAGCUGCAUUCUACCGUUUGGCGUGCUCUUGAAAGUCUGUAAUUGAAAACUUUGUUUUCGUCAUUGUCAGUAACGCUUCGUUUAGGGUAAGGUCGCAUCAAAUUCUCAAAUAAAGGAAACGCCUCACUUCCUACAAAUACGAAAGGCAUUGGAUCCUCUAUUGGAGAUAGUACUACAGGUAAUGGAAUAUGUAAAGUAUCUUCGAUCAUUUCUUUAGCAACAACACUUGGGUUGAAAAUGCUUCCAUCACUAAACCUUUCUGGAGAUCCUACAUCAAUAGCAAUGAAUUUAUAGUCUGAGUCGGCGAUAGCCAUUACCACGACAGAUAAAGUGUGUUUAUAAUUUAAAUAACUUGAUCCAGUUUUUCCAGUUUUUUUUAUCACAACAUGUUUUCCAUCAAUAGCACCAAUGCAGUGCGGAAAUUGCCAUUUUCGAUCGAAACCAACUUCGAUUGAUUCCCACUGUUCUUUUGUGGGUUCCGGCAAAAACAAUGGUUGCAUUAUUUUCCACACAGCUUGUGAUACUUCCAGCACGAUAUUCGAAACCGUUCGUUCCCCCAAUCUGUAGCUGAAUGCAAUAUCUCUGUAUGAGUUUCCUGUCGCCAAAUACUUUAAAAAUACUGCUAGUUUUUCCUCGGUUCCAAUGGGCCUUGAGGCGUUGCAGCCUUCUCUGCAAAUUUCAUUUUGGAUAAGAUCAUGCACUUCUUUGAACUGAACUCGGUUUAAUCUAAAAUAGUUCUGAAAUUUGUCAUCAUCAAAUUCCUUAGUUAGAGCGAAUUCUCCAUGUGUUUCUCUUUUCUUCGUGUAAUCGCUUCUUUCUCCUUUUUGCUCCAACAAAACGGCAUAACAUAAAGUUUCUAACUCGAGCUCACUUUCGGAAUCAGAUUCAGAACUCAAAUCCAAUAACAUCGCGGAAAUACUCGACAUUUUCGUCAGCGCUGGAGUGAACUGCGUCUCGUGUUGCGGUGAUCACCGCUGUGACUCACUCUGCUGUGAGGAAUUCGGCAAGUCACGCUGCGUUAAGUCACGGACCGGCGUCUCUUUUUGCGACUAUAUUAUAGCCUUACCGGUAUUUUAAAUAGAAAUCUCUUCUUGUACAAUCGUAGAAAAAAAAAUUCUAUACUCUUUAGCACGAGUGUCAUAAUGCCGCUCCCGUAUUAAGCAAACUGUAAGCAAAUCUCGCACCAUCGUUGAAAAAAUUACAUUUGUCCAAGGUUUAUACCUGGCAACGAAAACUUCCAAAACUGAUCGUACAUCAUUUACGUUGCCUUUUCCAAGUGAAGUUCCUUCGAAGUUUUUUUCACGGCUCGGUCUGUCCAGUCGUGACCAAUCCCAGACCAAUCCCUUCUCAUGACGCGUCAGCUGGGCCUUUCGCCUAACUCCUCUUUGGUUGUAUGAGUUUUUUCUUCCUACACAUUCGUGUUGAAAUUUCGUAUGUAUAGCAAUUUGAAACGCAGUAUCAUGUGUCAUAAUAUUUACUAUCUACGAGCCUUAUGAAUAAAGAACGCAAAGGGAUCGCUUGUUUUGAACAUAUUCCAUUUACAAUUCACAAUCGCGCUUAUCGCUUUCGCUGAGUCUUCCUACAUGUCAUUCAGGUUUUAUAACUUUGUUAUUCAAGAAUAGCACUCAACACGUGAAAAUUAAUACAGUUUGCACGGGAGAAUUGAUAUAAGAAGUACAAUGCAGAAAUAAGAACUAUUUAUGGACAAUAGGAUUAUUUUUGCGCUCGUUUUGCAAUGUGCAAGUUCUGUGACAAGUCAUUUGAUCUUUGAUCGACGUGGAGGGUUUUCAUUAGUAGGUAUGAUGUGACAUAGUGUUAUUUUAGAGAUAAAAUAUACAUCUUUUGGAUUGUUAAUAGCUCAUUACCAAUUUGUGGUAAAUUUUGACAUAAUAGUGAAAGAGGACAGUUUUAAGAAGUAGCUGGGAAUGCUACAUAUGGUGCUUUUCGAUUUCAUUUGUAAUCGUUUCUUAACUGUUAACUGGACGGAAAGAAUGUGAUAAUCGUGAAACGAGAAUCGUCAACAUUGUUUAUGAAUGCAGUUCGUUCCUCAAGAAAGAAAUUCUUUGAUAUUUGCCAGUAUUGUGUUCUCGUGCCUGUUCUAGUAGAUGAAAGGACUGCAGUAUGAUGCAAGGCGAUGAUAUAAAUUCCGGCUCAAGGAGUAACAUUGUAGUACAGGCUUGGAAAUCUUUACAGCAGAGAUAUCAAAAAAUUUUGGAUGAUGUGACUCCAUAUUCAGCAGUCCGAUGGGUUUUUGCUGCUUUCCUAGAGCUGCUUUUCCUUGGCCGAGUAUUUUUAUUACAGGGGUGGUAUAUUGUUACCUAUGCCUUGGGAAUUUAUCAUCUUAAUUUGUUCAUAGCAUUCCUCUCACCUAAGAUAGAUCCUGCUCUUGAUUAUGACGAUGAGGGUCCAGAGUUGCCAACUAGAGCCAAUGAAGAAUUUCGACCAUUCAUUCGUAGGCUCCCAGAAUUUAAAUUUUGGUAUUCAGUUACAAAAUCAACAGUUAUUGCAAUGAUUUGUACAUUCUUUGACUGCUUUAACAUUCCUGUAUUUUGGCCUAUUCUUGUAAUGUACUUCAUUACUCUGUUCCUCAUUACAAUGAAACGCCAAAUAAAACACAUGAUAAAAUAUCGAUAUCUACCCUUCACGCAUGGAAAACCCAAAUACCAGGGCCAUGAAGAUACUGGCAAGGUGAUUAAUUCUAAGUGACAUUAACUUCAAGCUAAGACAGCUGAUACAAGGGUUAUGAGCGCUGACGUGUAUAUUUUGUUCAUUAAAUUGCACCUGUUUUUGAAGGAAUGCUAAAGUCUCUGACAACAAACUAUUUAUCAUGUUUAACAUCAGACUUGUGACUUUUUGUGAUAAGGGAGGGAAUAGUGAGAAUAGAAAUGGAUACUUCUUUGAACAAAAAACUUUGUAGGGAAUAAAUGCUAGCCAUUUGGUGUUAGCAAAGCCAGUCACCUAGUCAUUGGUGCAAAGUCAGGCUCACCCUCAUGUCAUGUGUAUUUCUCAUUAUUUCAUCAGUGCAUGGCCAUUAUGUCAUCUUGAAGUACAUAUAUCGGAAAGUGUAACAUUGGUGCCCGGGGCGGUGCGAGAAGAAUGAAGCAAGAUUGCAUUUUUCUCUGAAGGUAACUCUCCUCUGCGGGCCAGCAAUCCAAGCUAUCUGCUGUUUCCUCCCUCCCCAGUACUUGUUUAUCCUUUCCUGGAAAAGGAGGGAUGAAGUUUUUCUCUGGGCAUUGCCACAUGACAGGUGUUCUUCAGGUGCUCGAGGUGACUUGUGUGAAUUUUUAAAGAAAAUGUUAUGUAAUUGAUGUGACAGUGGACUGAAGCUCAUCCUUCCAAUAUAGCUUGUACUUCCUAGCAUUGUAUAAUUUGUGUAGUUUGACACCCCCAGCGGUGCUAUGGUGGUUGUGCUUGUGGGCAGUAUGAGAAACUGACAUUCAAAGAAACUAUGCACAUAAGGAAAUGAUUAAAUGAGUCACCUUAAAAUUACUGUGUAUUUAUUUUACAUGUUUUAAAUUUUUUUAAUAAUAUUUUAGUAGAAUGCUCUUAAAUAAUUACACUAUGUUCAAUUUAUAGUGCUAGUAUUUUCAUAAAUAAUGCUGAAUCCAAUUUAUAAAGCCUGUAUCCUAGAAACAGUCAUGGAAUGAAUACUUUGUGAAGUGAAAAAUAAAACUUAUAUCUUUUGUUGUUUAUAAUUGAAUAUGGAAUAUAUUAAUAUAGAAAUUUUUAAAUAUUAGAUUUCCUGAUGAAAGAAGAAUAUUUAGACCAUAUUUGAAAUAAUCAUGAGGUUCUUAUUGAUUUGAUUUUAGUAUUGUUUACAAUAUUGUUUUUGUAAGCAUGUAUGUUAUUUUAUUUCAAAUUUGUCAUGUGCAUCUGAUCUUCAAUAUUCCUUAGAGAUCUCUUUCAAGUGGUGUAAUUGAUCGUACCUAGUGUAAAGGUGCCCUUUAUUAUUGUCAUUGAAUAAGUUGUUGAAGGGAAAAAGUGUUUGUCUUCUGACCAUAAUAUUUUAAGCAUGUGAGAAUUGUGCGAUUGGUUUUCUGUCACUGUAAUUUAAUUUUUUUAAACUGCCUGAAACGUUGAAACAAAUAAACAAGCAUGCAAGUAGUGGGAGUAAUUCAUGACAGAGAAAGACACACUCUGCUCAUAAUCAGCAGAUUACAAGAAUACCUAAUUGUUUUAAAUUCUUGGGUUUCAGCAGCAGCUACUUUAAAUAAUAUUAAUAACAUCUCGUGACCAAACCAUUCUAAAAAAUUGGUGUGGUUGUGGACAUUCAGAUUCAGCCCACUUUUCCAAUUGGAGUGAGGAGAGUUCUUUUAGAUUCAAAUUUUGAUGCACACAAUCCUGGUACCUCUCGUUUCUUAGGUAUUUUUCCGUGUUUUUGUUCUUGCUCGUAAACUUGGCUAGAUGCUUUUAAGCAAUGUAACAUAGUCAUUGUAACAAGUAAAAAGAGAAGAAAGAAAAAAAAGGGGGAAAAAAAAAUCUGAAUCCUGGGACACCUUCCUAAAUGCCUCCUCUUUAAAAGAAAGGAUGAAGAGAAAAUAUUUAUUAACAUAAUGAACCAAGAAAAAGGGCUAAAGUUACAUCUUUGGUGGGUGUUUUUUUGUCAAUAUCUUUCAUCUAUUGAAUGAAAAUUGUGUUUAAUAGAAAAGAGUGGAAAUCAAUAUGUACAGUGUGUGGUGUCAAGAAGGAUGUAGUGUACAUUGAAUCUGUGUGCUAUAUGAAAGAGUGGAUAGUUUUCGUUUACAGAAUAUCAUUUAUAUUCUCAGUUUUAUUUAACUGUGUAUUCAUAUGUUAUUAAAAAUUUAAUAAAGUGAGGAAUUCUUGCAAGAGACUGUUUCUGGGCAAUUGUGACUGUGGGGCCAUCCAUAAAUUAUGUAAUGCAAAUUUAGAACAUUUUGAAUACUCCUAAUCUCUAUAAUGCACCUAUAA